UUCAGCGCUGGGAGAAAGUGGGGGCUGUCGGGAGAAAAGCAAGAGAAGUGGGGGGGGGCUGGCACCGGUAGCGGUAGCAGUACCGACACCGAGCCAGGGUGGCCCUGCUUAGGGGGUACAAAGGAAGAGGGUUCAGAAAGAAAGACGCACCGGUGUGUUGGGAGCUGACAGACAUACAGCAACAGAAACAGCAGCAGUAAACACAACAGCAACAACAGCGAAGGAAAGCAAACCUAAAAGCAGCUCGCCGGGCCAGGGUUUGAAAAAUUAAGUGCUGGCUUUUGUUUUUGAAUGGUCGCCUUUUCCACUAUCCUGUGGCUGGUAUGCCAGAUGUGGUGUUGGGUAAAACACCUCCUGAAGUCUUUUACAUUUCGGUGAGAGAGAACUUGCUUGGUUUUCUUUUGGCAUCAUUAAUGGCUGUACCAGCGCUGGAACUAUUGAAGAAAAUUGGUUGACUGCACUUGGUCUUUUGAUAAUUCAAGAAGUUAAAACCAGUUGUAGGAUCUUGUCAUUACUGAAGCAGUUGCACUGGCUUUUGUAUUUCCUGUCGUCCAGCCUGAUCCUGAUCCCAGGCCCCCUAACGCUGUUGGUGCCGAGAUGGAAUUGAUGUUUGCAGAAUGGGAAGAUGGAGAACGGUUCUCUUUUGAAGACUCUGACCGCUUUGAGGAAGAUUCUCUUUGUUCCUUUAUCUCGGAAGCAGAAAGUUUAUGUCAGAAUUGGAGAGGAUGGAGAAAACAAUCUGCAGGGCCCAACUCUCCAACUGUUAAGGUUAAAGAUGGCCAGGUGAUACCUCUUGUGGAGCUAUCCGCUAAGCAGGUGGCAUUCCACAUUCCAUUUGAGGUAGUGGAGAAGGUUUACCCUCCUGUACCCGAGCAACUACAGCUGCGUAUUGCAUAUUGGAGCUUCCCAGAGAAUGAAGAGGAUAUCAGGCUUUAUUCCUGUCUGGCAAAUGGCAGUGCAGAUGAGUUCCAGCGGGGAGAGCAACUUUACAGAAUGAAGGCUGUCAGAGAUCCCCUACAAAUUGGUUUCCAUCUCAGCGCAACUGUUCUUUCUCCUCAAGUGGUCCAGACAAAGGGGGCAUAUAAUGUUGCUGUAAUGUUUGACCGCUGCCGCAUCACUUCCUGUAGCUGCACCUGUGGAGCUGGGGCCAAGUGGUGUGCCCAUGUUGUGGCACUUUGUCUGUUCAGAAUACACAAUGCAUCUGCUGUGUGUCUGCGUGCUCCGGUUUCAGAGUCCCUAUCUAGAUUGCAGAGAGAUCAAUUGCAAAAGUUUGCCCAGUACCUCAUCAGUGAAUUGCCACAGCAAAUCCUUCCCACAGCGCAGCGCCUCCUUGAUGAGUUGCUGUCUUCUCAGUCCACAGCAAUUAAUACAGUGUGCGGAGCACCAGAUCCAACAGCCGGACCUUCUGCUUCUGAUCAGAGCACAUGGUAUUUAGAUGAGUCCACGCUGAGUGACAACAUUAAGAAAACCCUGCAUAAAUUUUGUGGACCCUCGCCUGUAGUAUUCAGUGAUGUGAACUCCAUGUAUCUUUCAUCCACUGAGCCACCUGCUGCUGCAGAAUGGGCUUGCCUGCUCAGGCCAUUAAGAGGUCGAGAACCUGAAGGAAUCUGGAAUCUCCUUUCAAUUGUAAGAGAAAUGUUCAAAAGGCGUGACAGCAAUGCAGCCCCCCUACUGGAGAUCCUUACUGAGCAAUGUCUAACUUAUGAACAGAUAAUUGGCUGGUGGUACAGUGUUCGAACUUCAGCCUCUCACAGCAGUGCCAGUGGACAUACAGGCCGUAGCAAUGGGCAGUCUGAGGUGGCUGCACACGCAUGUGCCAGUAUGUGUGAUGAGAUGGUAGUGCUUUGGAGGUUGGCAGUGCUUGAUCCUACCAUGAGUCCUCACAGGCGUUGGGAACAGCUGGCUCAGCUGAAACAAUGGCAUUUAAAAGUGAUAGAAAUUGUGAAACGUGGUCAGCACAGAAAGUCGCUUGACAAACUUUUCCAGGGCUUCAAGCCAGCGGUGGAGUCCUGUUAUUUCAACUGGGAAACCGCCUACCCAUUACCGGGUAUCACAUACUGCAAUGCUGAUAAGAGGAGCAUCUCUUAUUGUUGGUCAAGAGCAAUACAGCAUCAAAGGACAUGUCGAAUAGGGACAGGUGAACCCCCAGGACCAGGUGGGGGAAGCAAGGCAAUGAUGAAAGAUGACCACAAGAACAGAAAUCCAUAUUCUGCACAACAAGAAGUGGCUGUUAGACCUAAGGAAAAUAGUAUUGGAAGAAGAAAGGGGACUGGGGGUGGUAGUGGGGUUUUAGUUCUUGGGGGACGUUUAAAUGGAAGUGCUGGUGUUUCAUUAGCUUUGGAUGACAGUGUUAAAGGGUCAUACAAAACUCAAACUGGCAUGGCUUCAUUCCUAGGAGGCAAAGUAAAGCUUCCUCAAACUGCAAAAACAAGUAACAGUCCUGCAAAUGCUGGAGGCAAGCAUAGUGGAGGCAAAAGGCGAACAAGUAGUGAAGAUAGUUCUUUGGAACCAGACUUGGCAGAACUCAGCCUUGAUGAUGGGUCCAGUCUUGCCCUUGGUGCUGAAGCUAGUAACACAUUUGACUUACUUCCUUCUCCUUCCAGUCCAGUAUUAAGAGAGCCACGUCGAUAUAGUGUCAAAGACUCUGUGUGUCAGGGAAAGAGGAAUUUAGCAUCUGCAGGUCCACAUGCUACUUCAGAGCAUCAUCCUUCAGGUUCAGCAUCCUCUGCAGACAGGCUUGAAGAUCAAGAAGUGGAGUUGGAUGUGGAAAUAGAAGAGACUGAACUUGUUAAAGACCCUUCUGUUUCUUCUACUUCCCACAAUCCUUCUAGAGAACUUGGUGAGGAGCAAAAAUUUAGAGGUGAAGUGGUGUUAGAGUCAGGAGAGCAAGCAGAGUCAGAAGGGCAGGAUGAUUAUCAAAUGUACUAUCCCAGUGCUGCAUCUGAGGAAGGAGCAGAACAAGGGGAAGGAGGUUGCCCUGAUGGAAAUCCAGAGGAGGAGCUGGAUAUCUUUGAUGGGAUUAAGCCCUUGGAGCAAGAGGGCCGCAUGGAGAUAUUGUUUGCCAGUGCAGAGGCUUUACAUGCUCAUGGUUAUAGUAAUGAAGCAUGUCAUCUGGCUGUGGAGCUAGCAAAAGAUCUUCUUGCCAACCCUCCUGAUCUCAAGGUUGAGCAAGCACAAAGUAAGGGAAAGAAGAGUAAGGUAUCUACAAGUAGACAGACACAAGUGGCCACAAGCACUUUGUCAAAGGCAGCUUUUCUACUUCCAGUGCUGAGUGAGUGGCCAGAGCAUCACAAUCUGGCUUUUAGUGUUGGCAUGUUCUCUCUGGAGCUGCAAAGGCCUCCUGCUUCCACCAAAGCAUUAGAGGUUAAACUUGCAUACCAGGAAUCUGAGAUUGUGGCCUUGUUGAAAAAGAUACCACUGGGUGCUGUAGAGAUGAAUGCUAUCCGUGAUCGGGCUGAGCAACUCCGAGAUGGCAGCUUCUGUGACUACAGACCUGUGCUUCCUCUCAUGCUGGCAAGCUUCAUAUUUGAUGUACUUUGCACUCCAGUUGUAUCCCCAACGGGCUCAAGACCUCCUAGUCGAAACCGUAACAAUGAAAUGCCAGGAGAUGAAGAGCUUGGUUUUGAAGCUGCAGUUGCAGCCUUAGGUAUGAAAACAACUGUAAGUGAGGCUGAGCAUCCAUUACUCUGUGAAGGGACUCGCCGAGAAAAGGGUGAUCUGGCACUUGCUUUGAUGAUCACCUACAAGGAUGACCAGGGAAGACUCAAAAAGGUAUACAGAAACCUACUCGACAGAGAGAGUCAGACACACAAACCUCAGACUCUUAGCUCAUUCUACUCCUGUAAACCAACCACCAGCAGUCAGAAGUCUCCUUCAAAACACAGCACCCAUAGUGGGACAGGUGGAAGCUUGGCCAGUGUGUCUAAACAUCAGGCCACAGCUAAUGGUGGAACCACAGCACCUCAAGGACUUGCCAGUGGCAUGACCACAAACCAGCAAUCAGGACUUCCUGCUUCAGUGCAGAACACGGCUCAAGAAAGUUACACUUUGGAUAGAGAACCAGGUGAGACAGCCCAGGAUUUGCCCUCAUGUGAUCAGCAGACUGAAGGUGUAUCCUUCAAACCUGAAAGCAGAGUGCCUAGUCGCUUGUCCCUUGGAGGUCGUGGUGCUUACAGUGGACGCUGUUGGGGAUCACCAGUACGACAAAAAAAGAAACACACCGGUAUGGCAAGUAUUGACAGCAGUGCCCCAGAAACUACCUCAGACAGCUCCCCCACACUUAGCCGAAGACCAAUGCGAGGUGGUUGGCCUGCAACAUCUUGGGGACGAGGUCAAGACAGUGACAGCAUCAGCAGCUCCUCUUCUGAUUCACUGGGCUCCUCCUCUUCCAGUGGAUCUCGAAGGACAGGAGGUGGAGCAAGAGCCAAGAGUGCUGAUACCAGCAGGUACAAGGGACGUCGCCCAGAAUGUCAUGCCCCACAUGUGCCUAAUCAGCCUUCAGAAGCAGCGGCACAUUUUUAUUUUGAGCUUGCUAAGACUGUACUAAUCAAGGCUGGAGGAAACAGCUCCACUUCCAUUUUUACUCACCCCUCUGCAAGUGGGGGCCAUCAGGGUCCCCAUCGGAAUCUGCACCUAUGUGCCUUUGAAAUUGGUCUCUAUGCCCUGGGACUUCACAACUUUGUGUCUCCAAACUGGCUGUCCAGAACUUAUUCUUCUCAUGUGUCCUGGAUCACAGGGCAGGCAAUGGAAAUUGGUAGUGCAGCUCUCAACAUUCUGGUGGAAUGCUGGGAUGGCCAUCUAACUCCUCCUGAGGUGGCUUUAGCAGACCGGGCAUCUAGGGCCCGUGACCCCAAUAUGGUGCGUGCUGCUGCUGAGCUUGCUUUGAGCUGUCUUCCACAUGCUCACGCACUGAAUCCCAAUGAGAUCCAAAGGGCGUUGGUGCAAUGCAAAGAACAGGAUAACCUGAUGUUGGAGAAAGCAUGCAUGGCCGUAGAAGAAGCAGCAAAGGGGGGAGGGGUAUACCCUGAGGUUUUGUUUGAGGUGGCCCAUCAAUGGUAUUGGCUGUAUGAGCAGACUGUUGGGGGUGGUGUAGGCUUCCAGCGUGAGGGGCCAGGAGGCUGUGGAGCAAAUGGAGGGGCUGGAAGAUCAACCUCUGAUUCCAGCAGGAGUAAUUUGGAGAGUGGUGGAACGGUUGAAGCGGGAGGAGUUGCAGUCACUGCCACGGUGACAGCUGCAGCAGUUGUACCAGUCAUAUCUGUGGGCUCUGCCAUAUACCAGCCUCAUGCUAUUGCUGGAUCAGCUAUGGCACAUCCCCACACACAAGGUCUGCAUCCUUACACCACAAUCCAGACCCAUCUGCCAACAGUCUGUACUCCACAAUAUUUGGGUCAUCCUCUUCAGCACGUCCCACGUCCAGCUGUUUUUCCAGUUUCUGGUGCUGCAUACCCACAGGGCAUGCAUCCAGCCUUCAUUGGGACUCAGUACCCUUUUUCUGUAGCAGCAGGAACUCAUCCUCCACUGACUGCUACUGCAGUAACAUUUCCUGGAAUGCCUGUACCGUCCAUGGCUCAGAUCGCUGUACAUCCCUACCAUACUGAGACUGGCUUACCCCUUAGCACGGCAGUAACAGGUGGUGUUCACACUGGUUCAACAAUCCAGGCCAUUCAAGGAGCUUCUCUGUCAGGCCUGCCCUCCCAGCCUACACCUUUGGUCAGCACACCUUUCCCAACUGAGGAUGAGCAAAAUAGUCAGCCUGUCAGUCAGCAGGGCCUCCAUUACCUGCAUUCUGCAUACAGAGUUGGUUAGCCAUGCUUUGCUUUAGAAAUGCUUGGACGCAGAGCCCACAAUGAUCAUCCCAACAAUUUUUCACGAAGCCCUCCCUACACAGAGGAUGUAAAAUGGUUGCUAGGACUAGCAGCACGCCUUGGAGUCAACUAUGUUUACCAGUUCUGUGUUGGAGCUGCCAAAGGUGUACUCAGCCCUUUUGUUCUGCAGGAGAUCAUUAUGGAGGCUUUGCAGCGCUUGAAUCCUGCUCAUAUCCAUGCCCAUAUGCGCAUGCCUGCUUUCCAUCAGUUGGUUCAGCGCUGCCAGCAAGCUUAUUUGCAGUAUAUUCAUCACCGUCUAAUUCACCUAACCCCUGCGGACUAUGACGAUUUUGUGAAUAUCAUCCGCAGCGCACGCAGUGCCUUUUGUCUCACACCGGUGGGAAUGAUGCAGUUUAAUGAUGUCUUGCAGAACCUGAAGAGGAGCAAGCAAAAGGAGCUGUGGCAACGCAUUUCUCUAGAAAUGGCAACAUUCUCACUUGAGUUCAAGGAGUCUUGGAGACUGGCCAAUUUAUGAUUUUACACCCAUGUUUGAACUGGAAUGUGCACCUGUUUGCAGACAGAUGAACAUAUGCACCAUGUGCACAAACUGAUGUGUACAAGUUCCUUGUUCAAAAAAUUACACCGUAGUAUGGUCUAUGCUGAAACAAAUUAACAGAUGGCCCCUACUCCCUGUUCAUGAGCGGAUAUAGAGGCAUGUCAAUUGUGCAUACAUGAUCACAAAAGGACCAGGAAAAACAACAUAGCACAUAUGCUAAGGACUGACCACCGUAAUGUUUUUUUUAGGUGGACAUUCAUCCAUGUCCACAAACAAGCACAGUUUUCAAGACACCCAUUGUUUCUUUUUUUAAUUCAGUCACAUGCAGGAUCUUGGUCAGGCAGCUGUAGCCCAAUGUGUUUUGUAUUUGUGUUUUUUUCCCCCCCCUCCUCCUCCUCCUAUUUGAUAACUGAUCAUAUAACCACAUUCCUGUGGAGCGCUAAUGUCAAUAGUGUGAUUUUGUUUGUUUUUUUUUUUUCUUUUGUUCUAGUUUAUGUAGCUUGUUGGUAUUUAAAAUAAGAUUACAGAAUACAAAAAAACUUUCAAUUUAUUAAAGAAAACGUUUGAAGAUCUCUGAGAGUGCAGUUGCUAGAGUAUUUUUAUAUUAUUGAACAUACGUGGAAUUAGAUGAAAGAAUGCUUUAAAAGGUAGAAUGGUCAAAUUAGACCAGCUUGGUUGACAUGUGCCCAAACUGGGAAUGACUUAAUAAAUGUGUGUUUGUGUUGUAAUGUCUAUUUUGUAUAAUAUUUUCAUAAAAAUAAACUGCCACCUACUUAGAUCUAAUUUCAAACAUUUCAUGACUCUGAGAGUCAAAAUCACCCAACACAUCUGUGUUUCUUGUUGGCAGACCUGGAGCACCUCCAGUCAUGGACUGCUUCUCCUUAUCUAAAGUAAUAUAAUCUGAAAGGCAUAGAAGUUGAAUUGUAAAAUCAAUUAUAUUUCAGUUUACUUUAGAGUUUAUCUUAAGACUCUUGAAUGGAUUUGACCAUCUUAAAAUGUGUCCCCUCAAGGUUCACUUAACUCUGAAGUCUCUGUGAGAGUUUGAAUUCAAGAGGUUUUAUAGUCAGAAAAUUUUAUAAGAAAGCAAAUCUUAGCUUUUCUAUUAAAGCAGUGGCAAGUUUCCCUACUAUGUGGGAGUCAUUACAUCAGUUAGCUGUGUGGUUCAUUGGAGACUCGGGACAAUAUACUGCACCUCAGGUAGGUCUGUAGUUCCUAUUGGUUUUGGUUCCCAGUAGAUCAGUUAGCUCUACGACCCCUUCCUUACACUCAGGACCCAUUUCUGUGCUAGUUUGGUACUAGGAUCCCUAAGGCACAAAACCGUACUGUGGUCCAGUUUGGCAUUUGGUAGCUGUAACCUUCAAGGUCUGCCCCAUCUUUUGAGUGUCAAUUAGAAGUCAUGAGGUGCUAUUAAUCCAGAUCAAGUACCAAGUGCAACAGGCAAGGCAAUGAGGAACACGGUAGAUGUGUAAUGUAAUAUUUUUGUAUUUCCCUCCUUAGAUUGCAGUGGUACUGCACAGUGGGGCCUGAAGAGUCAGUGAUUCACACUGUUGGUACUGUGACUUGUAAUUUAGAAAGACAUUAAGUUGAGCAAUAUUGAUGAAGUAGCUUUAAUAAAAGAUUAAUAAAAGUGUUUCACUUUCUUA